AUGCUUUCUCGUAGCAUAAUAGAUGCUUAUCUUCCAUUAAUCCAAAAUUCUUCUCAACAUUUCGACAUUACUAAAGGAGACUUUGAAAUACCCAAACUCAAACGAGCAGAUCUCGUUGAUCUUUUACAUAAAAUGAUUGAAAUUUUCAGAGACGAACCAUCAUUAAUUCGACUUGAUGGUUUGUUUAAUGUCAUUGGAGAUAUACAUGGAAAUCUUCGCGAUCUUUUAAGAGUUUUUGCAUACUGCGGUACUCCGAUUCAGAAUGGCUAUGUUUUCCUUGGUGACUAUGUCGAUAGAGGAGAUUUCUCAAUUGAGGUUAUGGUUCUUCUUUUUAGUUUCAAGCUUGCAUAUCCCCAUCACGUUUACUUACUUAGAGGCAAUCAUGAAUUUGAAAUGGUUAAUUCAUUCUACGGAUUUCGUGAUCAAUGCAUCAACGACUAUGAUGAGCAAAUCUUCAACUUAUUUAAUGAAGUCUUUUCAUAUCUACCGUUAGCAGCAAUAAUAAACGAUGAAUACUUCCUUGUUCAUGGUGGAAUCUGUCCGAAGCUUGAAAAAGUCUCACAAAUCGAAUCCAUACAACGUCCAAUCAAAACAUUUCACGAUGAAGCCGACGAUGGUGAUUUAAUCACUGGCUUGAUGUGGAGUGAUCCUAGCGACUCUAUGGCAUGGUUCUCCGAUAAUAUUAGAGGCCGAGGAUUCUUUUUCGGAUUCCAAGCCGCAAGGCAAUUUUUAGAUUCAAAUAAAUUAACAUAUAUUAUUAGAGCUCAUGAAUGCGUUGAUGGUCUCAAAGAGCAUUUCAAUGGAUGCGUUCUUACAAUAUUCUCAUCAAGCCAUUACUAUAUGAACUCUAAUAAUUCCUGCGGUUUUAUACAACUUGUAAAAAAAAGUAAAUACAGUAUGUCCAUGCUUCCUCCUAUGGAACAAUGGAAGAAGAUGCACGCAGAAUACAAAUUUAUUGAAGUUGGAAAUACAAUUCCAAUUUGCCAAAGAAGUAUCAAAUCAUUUACAACAAAUAGAACCAGAUCUUCGCGAUUGCAAUAUCUAAUAGGAAGUAAGAAUCGUAUUAGAACUAUUAUUCCUAUCAACUAA